AUGAAUCGAUUCUUCUUCUUCUCCUUCUUCUUCUUCGUCGCAUUCAGCGCUGCCGCCUUCACAAAAUUGCCGAUUACUUAUAAUACGGCCAUGAAAACAUCGGCUUGUUCUGAUUACUGUGCCGGUCAAUCAAUCUCAACUUCGACUGGCUUCAACUUCAAAGGAAAGGGCUGGCAAUUGUGCAAUUGUCCGAUUGGACAAGGAUCGCAUUUCUGGCAGGGCACUGGUUGCUACAAUCAAUGCGUUAGUCGAUGCACAUCGUUGAGGGGAAAUUGCGCGAACCCGAAAACGACCAACACCGACUAUAAAGGACUCUGUUGUACGACUGCAAACGUAAACACAACGAUAAACACGGACUGUUUCACUUCAGCCAAUGCCGCGUGCACAAGCACUGGAAUGGGA